AUCGUGUGCCAGGCCAGAGCAAACAAUUCUACUCAGUUCCCUUCCUUCUCCCCCUCCCCGCGGCCGCUAGGGUUUUAUCCCGCUCGCACGCUCGCUCGCUGGCUGCUCCCUCCCGGGGAAGGAGGCGCCGGAGGCCUCGCGCUUCGAUCCCCCGUCUGGGGCCCUUCGAUUCCACCUCUUAACCCGGGCAAAAGAGCAUUAUGGUCGCUGCAUAGGUGGGCAGGCAGGCAUUGGGAGAAGAAGAAGGCUCUUCUCUUGCUUGACAUGGCGGCUCAGGAGGCCGCCGCAGAUGCAUUGGGCCCUCGGUUUGCCCCUGAUGACCCGACUCUCCCUGCGCCCUGGAAAGCGCUGAUCGACGGGGCAACGCUGUACUACUGGAACCCGGAGACGAAUGUGACCCAGUAUGAGAAGCCGGGUGCUGCGGCGGCAGCACCCCCCUUGCCGGCGGGUCCUCCGCCAACGAUCCCUGCGCAGGUUCCGGAACCCGCACCAGGGGCUUUUUCACAGCCUGGCAUGCAGUUUGGCCAAGCUGGUCAGGGGGCGCACCAGGAGCGACCAGGACAGGCAACUUAUCCUCAGGCUGGCCAGCUUGGGCAGCAGCAGCAGCAGCAGACUCAACAGCCAGCGCAGCAGCAACCUUUUCAGCACGUGCCUCAACAGCAACCUUCGUUUCAGCAAGCGCUGUAUCAGCAACAGCAGCCACACAUGCCAAAUCAGCCACCUCAAUACCCCAACCCGCAUCCUCAACACAUGCCGUACCAGCAGGGUCCUUACAACAUGCAACCCCAGCAGCAACAGCAAGGACCGCCAUAUCCGUAUCAGGCAGACAAGCAGCCACAAAUGCCGCAACCUGCCUACCAUCAAACACAGCAGCCACCGAUGCCACAAGCUGCCUACAAUCAAGGUCAGCAGCCACCGAUGCCGCAAUCUUCCUACAGUCAAGGUCAGCAGCCCGUGAUACCACAAUCUGCCUACAAUCAGGCUCAACCGCCGCAAAUGCCACACGGUGCAUAUAACCAAAGCCAGCAGCCGCAAGGAAUGAGGAUUCCUCAAAAUCAAGUGCAACACCCUCAACAAUCUAUGAGCUUUCACCACCCUGCCCAGGCUCCACAGUUACCGCAAGUUUCUCAAUCUCAAGGACUUCAAAUGCCCCCUCAACAAGGCCAACUGCUGCAUGGAUUGCAGUUCUCUCAGCAUGGAAAACAGCCACUGUCACAUGGGCAACAAAGUCCAUUGUUGAAGGAUGAUGAUUCAGGAGGUCAUGAAGGCAAGAGGACUGGCUUUUCAUUACCACUUAGUCAGCAGCGUGGCCAAGCUCCUAUUUCAAACCAGCAGUUACCUUCUAGUCAUCAACAUCCAGGAGCUGUUAAUCAGCCAAAUGUACCUGGAGUCGGUGGGCCAUUGUAUCCUGCAAAGCAUCUUCAUGGUGGAUCAUCUCCGGCCGAGACUAAUAACAUGGGUUUUAUGAACUCACCUGCUCAAAUGCAUCAAGGUGCAGUGGAUACGAACUACCGGCAACAACCGGUUAGCAGCCAUGCAGUUCCAAAUCAUGUUGGUCCAUCACCAGUUCGUCCUCUGAUGGGUUUCGAGAUGGGUAAUAGUGAUGGUCACUUUGAAAGGGAUGAUCCUCACUCCUAUGGAAGGUUUGAUGGAGCAAAUGCUCUCCAGCAGCAGCCAAAGCUUGCUGCUAUUCCGCCUUCACAAAAUCCCCUGCAGGGCAUGCGAAAUGGCCCGCCUUAUCCUCGGCCAGACAAUUUUGGUGGUUAUAACAUGGCACCUCCACAUCCAGUGCCAAAUCCACAUAAUCACGGUCCAUUGCCGAUUGGAGCUUCUAUGAGACCGCCAUCAACAAUGUUUGCUCCCCCAGAUUUCACAGGCAUACCUUCAGCUGAUGCAUACCGUCAGCACCAUGAAGUCACUGCUAUGGGUGAGAAUGUUCCUGCUCCAUUUAUGACUUUUGAGGCUACUGGAUUCCCUCCAGAGAUCCUGAGAGAGAUCCACGCAGCUGGCUUUUCAAAUCCCACUCCAAUUCAAGCUCAAACAUGGCCUGUUGCACUGCAAAACCGGGACAUAGUAGCUAUUGCCAAGACAGGGUCUGGAAAGACACUGGGGUACCUAAUUCCGGCUUUUAUACAUUUGAGGAGAUGCCAAAACAAUCCGAUGUUGGGUCCUACAGUGUUGGUUUUAGCCCCUACUCGUGAGCUUGCUUCACAAAUACAAGAUGAAGUAGUCAAGUUUGGUCGAUCAUCUAGAGUCUCCUGCACAUGCCUAUAUGGUGGUGCUUCAAAGGGUCCUCAGCUAAGAGAACUUGAGCGUGGAGCAGAUAUUGUGGUAGCAACACCAGGACGUCUUAAUGAUAUUCUGGAGAUGAAGAAGAUUAGCCUCCAUCAGGUUUCAUUACUUGUGCUUGAUGAGGCUGACCGUAUGCUUGACAUGGGUUUUGAGCCACAGAUACGGAAGAUUGUGGAUGAGAUUCCUCCUGCUAGACAGACUCUGAUGUAUACUGCCACAUGGCCCAAGGAGGUUACAAAAAUAGCAGGGGAUUUACUCAGAGAUCCUGUCCAGGUCAACAUUGGCAGCAUUGAUGAACUUGUUGCCAACAAAUCAAUCACUCAGUAUGUGGAGGUGGUUCCACCUAUGGACAAGCAGCGACGCCUAGAGCAGAUCCUGAGAGAUCAAGAAAGGGGUUCAAAAAUCAUCAUAUUCUGCUCAACUAAGAAAAUGUGUGACCAACUUGCUCGUGGCAUUGGUCGCAGUUUUAAUGCUGUAAGCAUUCAUGGUGAUAAAUCACAGGCUGAAAGAGAUAAUGUUCUCAAUCAGUUUCGAACUGGCAGGGCUCCAAUAUUGGUAGCCACAGAUGUUGCUGCUCGUGGACUUGAUAUCAAAGAUAUCAGAGUGGUAAUCAAUUAUGACUUUCCAACUGGGAUAGAGGACUAUGUGCAUCGUAUAGGGCGUACAGGAAGAGCUGGGGCAACUGGAGUCUCAUACACAUUCAUCUCUGAACAAGAUUGGAAACAUGCUGGUGAUUUGGUGAAACUCUUGGAAGGUGCUAACCAGCAUGUUCCUCCACAGCUGCUGGACAUGGCUGCACGAGGUGCUACUGGAGGUCCAAGAAACCAGGCUACUGGAAUGAGUCGCUGGGAUGGGCCUGGUGGUGGUCGUUUUGAACCAGCUGUUGGUGGCCCUGUUGGUUAUGGUGGAGUUAGGGAGGGCCCUGGAGGCUUUGGCAGUCGUGAGGGCCCUGGAGUCUUCAGCAGUCUUGAGGGCCCAGGCGGAUUUGGUGGUCGAGAAAGCCCAGGCGGGUUUGCUGGCAGGGAAGGCCCUGAUGGAUUUGGCGGACGGGAUGGUUUUGGUGGGCGGGAGGGUCCUGGUGGCUUUGGUGGAAGGGAGGGUCCUGGUGGCUUCGGUGGCAGAAAGGGCCCAGGUGGCUUUGGCGGACGGGAUGGCCCUGGGUCCAGUGGUUUUGGAGGUAGAGGGGGGCGUGGGUCUGGUGGUAGAGGCGGAGCAAGCCCUGGUGGCUUUGGUGGUCGUGGUGGCAGGGGUGAUUCUCCUGGUUUUGGUGGGCGUGGCAGGGGUGAUUUUUCAGGUUUUGGUGGGCGUGGUAGGGGUGAUUCUCCCGGUUUUGGUGGACGAGGUAGGGGAGAUUUCUCUGGUGGACGUGGUGGCAGGGGCCGUGGAUUUGGCGGGAGGGGACGUUCUGACCGAGGUCCACAUGACCGGUAUGUCUCAGAUGGCCGGGGAAGAUAUGAUAACCGUCGAGGAUUUGGCGACAAGGAUAGGGACCGGAGCUACAGCCGCAGCCCGGAUAGAGGCAGAUCACGAGGCUAUGACAGAAGAAGUGAUAGCAGGAGCCUUAGUAGGAGCAGAAGCCGCAGCAGGAGCUGGUCACGUAGUAGGAGCCGCAGCAGGAGCUGGAGCCGUAGUCGGAGCCGCAGCGGCAGUCAUAGUCGCAGCAGGAGCAGGAGCCGUGACCAUGGUGCAGCACCAGAACGCAGGCCCCGAGCAAGGUCCGGAUUCGAUGUGCUGCCACCAGCAACUGGAGCAGCUGGACCUGCUUUAACCGGACCUGCACCUGUCCCUGUACCUGGAUCAGCAAUACCCCCUGUUCCUUCACUUCCACAUGCACAAUCACUCACUGAUACAUCUGCAAUGUCGCCAAUGUCACCCGGUGGACUGGUCCAGCCGGCUGCUGCACCAUUAAACGGCAUGAAUGAUGGUAACUUCAGCGGUCCACAUGCUGGUCAACCUUUCCAUGGGACUGACGCUGCAAUACCCAGUUUUCCUGCCGCCGAAACAUUUCCAGGCUCUGUAGCUCAGCAGGCAGCUCCUGAUGUGUAAUGAGACUAAUAUUCACUAUUGUACUGCCUUUUUCCCUCUCUUUAAGUCCACUGUACAAUGAUGAAUGAGUUUCUUGCAGAACAGGGGUAGUUUCGAUGAGUUGAUGAUGUUUCCUGGAGAUGACAUGGUUUUGUAUGCUCUUGUUUGUGCUGAGAAGAAGCAAAAGAAGUCGUUUAAUUUAUUGCAA